AUGUCCAGCACGCACCUUGAUCGCCCGAGCGGCGUGCUACAGCGAGCUCCCAGUGGCCAUCUAGGACCGUCAUACAAACCCAAAGAGGAGAAACCAACCGCAACAGUAUCCACCGAAGUCACCCACUCCAAUGUCACCAUCCUCCCCCAGACGCCUCAACUUAUAGCCCUACUCACCAUGAUCCGCAACAAAGCCACCAAUCGCGCCGACUUCAUCUUCUACAGCAACCGCAUCAACCGCCUCCUCGUGGAAGAAGCACUGAACCACCUCCCCGUCCUGCCGCACACCAUCACUACCCCCGUCGACCGCACCUACAACGGCGUCAAGUUCGAGGGCAAGAUCUGCGGGGUCUCGAUCAUGCGUGCAGGCGAAGCGAUGGAGCAAGCGCUGCGGGAGUGCUGUCGCAGCGUGCGGAUUGGGAAGAUCUUGAUUCAAAGGGAUGAGGAGACGAGUAAGCCACGGUUGUUUUAUGAUAAGUUGCCUGAGGAUGUGAGUCAGCGGUGGGUGUUGUUGUUGGAUCCUAUGCUGGCUACUGGCGGCUCAGCUCUAAUGGCGAUCGAUGUGUUACGGUCGAAAGGCGUGCCGGAAGAGCACAUCCUCUUCCUGAACCUCAUAGCUUCACCCGAGGGAGCGGCGAACUUUGCACAGAGGUACCCGAAGGUGCGGAUCGUGACGGCGUUUGUGGAUCAAGGUUUGAACGAGAAGAAUUACAUCGUACCCGGUCUGGGAGACUUCGGAGACCGUUAUUAUACCCUUUGA